AUGAACGCUCAGACUCCAGCUCCAGCUCCAACUCCAACAACCCUCAAUCCUAAUGCACCCCUAUACAUGCCCAGACCUCCUGGUGUCACAGCCCUUCCCCCACCACAUCCGCCGCCACAAUAUUUUCUCUGCUCGUCUCCGUCCUCUGCCGCUCUCUUCCACCAACAACCUUCUCGGUCUUUCAAUUACCAUGUCCCAUUUUACUCACAACCCUUUUCCAGUUCUCCCUAUAACAUUCAGGCACAAAACCCUAUUAUCACCACCUACUUGCCUCUACUUCCACCCCUACCACCAACAGCUUCAGCAAUGGAACCGCCUCAACUGGCGGCAAGUCGUUGUUUAACUCCGGCUAUUGCAACUUCUGUCCAAUCCGAGGGGGUUCCAAGAGCUGCCGCAGCGCGUAAAAGGUACUCCGAGCCUGCUAACACUGGGAGAGGAGGCGCAUGGCAAAGAGGUGGGCGGGUCGGAAGAGGGUUUCAGCACGGCGGUUCAUGGCGGAGAGGUGGUGGAGGAAGAGGGUUUUUUGGAAGAGAGAAUUCUUCGAAUAAUUUUGAAAGAAGAAAACAACUAAUUGGAAAAGGGAGUUUUCAAGAGGGAAGUUGUAAUCCAAAAAACACUAGUAAGAAUUUUCGCAGAAAUCGCAAGUUUGAAAAACGGAACGUGCAGGAGGAGGAAAAUAGGCAUCAAGUAUUACCUCUUAAACGGGAUGAAGUGAAAACAACAGUCAUGAUCAAGAAUAUACCCUAUGAUUACACACGCAAAGUGCUGUUACGACGCUUGGAUGAAUUUUGCAUACUCGAGAAUCACAAGGCCACAAAUGAGAGUACUUCUGAAGAAUCCGAAGCACCCAUUGUUACAGCUUAUGAUUUCUUUUAUUAUCCCAUUGAUUUUAGGAGUAAAAAGGGCAGAGGCUUUGCCUUUGUGAACUUUACUCAUCCAAGAACUAUUUGGAAGCUCUUUGAUGCAUUUCACCAUAAAAAAUGGGAUUCUGUAGAAUGGGCCAAAUGGCCAAAAACAAUCGAGAUUGUUUCUGCAAAAAUUCAGGGUAAGGAGGCACUGAAGAAGCACUUUGCAGAAUCCACAUUUGAGUGCGAAUCGGAUGAGUUUCUACCCGUAUCCUUUAGCCCGCCACGGAAUGGCUCGAUUGAUCGGUCUGUAAAACUGAUAACAAUAGGGAAACGUGGUGGGGUCUACCCUUUCCUUUUUUCCGUUGUAUCUCAGUUCUUACUUCCUAGUAUUACUUGCAGUGUUUUUUCUAUAUUUGAGGAUGCAUUACUGGUGGUUCAAGGUGUCUCUGGGAUUUAUCCAGUUAUAAUUUAUGGGAUGAGACUACUGGCAGAGGCGCCUCACUCGAUAUUGGUUUUCCCCAUUUCUGAUUCUGCAUCAAUUUCACGAAUUUCACUUCCACAAGGACCUGUCCCUCGCCGCCAAGACCUCCAAAACUCAGUGUCUCACAAACUGGGGCUGAAACAAAACCAAGAGAACGGGCUUGGCUUUGAUGGAGAGGACGGAGUGGGAAUCGAGGUCGUAGAAGCAGAGGCGAAGUACAGCGAGGUUGGAGGAGAGCUCGGCUUUGGUGCCGUCAGAAAACACGUUUUCCUGAAAUGGGUCUUGCGGUGGUGGCGGGAGAGGAUGGUGGAGAGGCGCUGGUGGGAAGUGGAAUCUGGUAGUCGGAGCUUUACUUCACCUUCCAUUUCGCGGUUUGGAUUCAAUUUUGGGGCUGAUGGGGUGGUGCCAGCAAAGUUUGCAGGAAAGAGAGAGUGUGCUACUGAUCCAUUACAUUCAUCCAAGUACAAGGUUUGGAACUCACCUGUGUAUCUUAGUUCCUACUUGUAG